AUGCUCUCAGACUUGCGGUGUUUGGCCAAACGGCACGCGAACGACGUGACCGACGUGAUGAACUCGUCCGCAAGGUCCAAAAGCAGGUCUUCCACGUCUCCGUCGAUCGUCACCUCUGCGUCUCCCUCGUCGGCCCCCACAGACUUGACUAGCUCCUUGAGCUUUCUGCGGUUCAAAACACGCUCGCCCUCUAGCUCGAAGUUCUGUGGCCGCACAAGCACAGGCGUCGUCAACGAAGAGGCCCCAAUGGAGUUUCCGUUCAAGUCUGACGAAACACUGCCUGCCAUAGGUCCCAGCCCAGCAGCGGGACCAGCUCCAGCAACCGGCUUUGAGGCAGCAGCGUUGACACUCGUGAUCGGAGUGCCUGGAGCAGGAGCAUCUGCAUUUGCAUCUGGCCCAUCAUUGGCUGCUGCAUGGCUGGUGACUGCAUCUGCGGAGGCUGCGAGAGUCUCUGUUGCUGCGAAGAGGCAGAGUUCUGCCGUUGAAGCUGCUGCUGCUGCUGCUGCAUCAUUCUCUGUUGCUGAAGAGCCUGCUGCUGCGGGUUCAUCACUUGCGGCGAAUACACGUCGCCUUGCGGUUGCUGAGAGCCCACUCUCGACUGGUUCUGCGACAUGUUAA